UCUCUUUAUAAAGGAUCAGCGAUCAGAUUCGGCACCAUGCGAGUUCGAUCAGUCAUGUCGAAGCUCACGAUCUUCCUGCUGCUUUUGUUCUGCCUGCAGAAGCAGCAGCUGCAAUCCCAAUCCCAGGAGAUCAUCUGCGCCGGCGAGGUCGCCGGAGGACCCUUCUCCGGCGGCCGGAGCUAUUCCUCCUGCAUCCCCCUUCCCUACCUCGAUGCCAUUCUGUUCUGGACCUACUACCCUUCCAGCGCCGCCCUCGACGUCGCCUACCGCGCGCGGCAGUCGCCUGCCGGCUGGGUCGCCUGGGCCAUCAACCCCACCGGCCGCGGCAUGGUCGGGGCCAACGCCUUCCUCGCCUUCCCUGACGCCGCCACCGGCGCCGCCACCGUGAUUACCACCCAGCUCCCGAGGCACAACCUCCAGCCGAGCGACAUCAGGGACGAGGCGCUGACCUUCGCCGUGUAUGUCCGGGAGGCGGAGUACUCCGCCGACGGCGGGUAUUACACCAUCUACGCGACGGUGGAGCUGCCGGGGAACAGGACGACUCAGAACACGGUAUGGCAGGCGUCGACGACGUUCGCCGGCGGACUGCCUUUCAACCACCCGUUCGAUCGCGACCACUUGUCGUCCUUCGCGAGUCUGGAUUUCCUCACCGGCGAGUUGGCGUGAUCGGUUCAUCGUUAAAUGGAGAUUAAUUAUGAAUUUAGAGCUUCCAAUUCUUUGAUUCAAAGGAUGGCAAGCGUAAAUAAAUCUAUUUUAUAUUUUCUUAAAUACUGAUGUUUAAAUGAAAUAAAAAGAUUGGUUGAUCUUAAA